GUAGUUAGUCAUACGCCGUACCCAGUGUUGUGUUGUAUUUUUGCUGUUUUGUUUUGUAUUUUAUAUCGUAAAAUGGAUCAUCCUGCAUUUGCUGAAGCGGGCAGUGGUCCUGGUAUCGAAGUUUGGACUAUUGAGCAAUUCGAACCUGUUCCAAUUGAGAAGAAAAUGUAUGGAAAAUUCUUCAACGGUGAUUCAUACAUCGUUUUGAAGACAACAGGUGAAGACACCCUAUCAUACAAUGCACACUUCUGGCUCGGCAGUAACACUACACAGGAUAAGAAGGGCUCAGCUGCAAUUUGGACAAUCACAUUAGAUGACAUGUUAGGCGGGAAAGCGGUACAUCAUCGAGAGGUGCAAGGCCACGAGUCCAGUCAGUUCUUAGGCUACUUUCAACCAGCAAUCCGGUAUUUGGAUGGAGGUAGCGAGUCUGGUUUCAAUAAUGUGGAGACAAACGCCGGGGCGGAGAAACGUCUGCUCAGACUCUCUGGAUGUGAUAAUAUGAGGAUUGAAGAGGUACCAGCAGAAGCCACAUCUCUUACAAAAGAACAUUGCUUCAUACUCGAAGUAGAUCACGACAUCUUCGUGUUAAUGCCUGAAGGUGCUAAAGCUACACAGAGGCGGAAGAUCAUCAGCGUUGCGAAUACAUUGCGAGAUGAUGACCAUAACGGUAGAGCUACCAUUGAAAUUAUCGAUGAUUUCUCAUCAGACGAGGACAUCGCUCUGUUCUUUGAAGCUCUAGGAUCUGGUUCUAAGGAUGAUCUGGUAGAUGCAGAAUCAAAUGUCCAGACAUACUCCAGGGAAGAUAUGACAUCAGUCUACCUUUACCGAGUUCUGAUCGGUGAAGAUGAACUGGAUCUGGUGACACUGAGCAAACCUUACAAGCAAAUGCAGUUGUCUUCUAGUGAGAGGUAUAUCCUAGACACGCCAUGCUCAGGAGUCUACAUAUGGCUUGGCAAUGACCUAGAUGAGGAGCUCAAGAAAAACUAUUACGAUAUCGCUCAAAAAUACCUCGAUAUGAAAGAAUAUCCAUCUUGGGUCCACGUUACCAGGGUAGCAGAAGGCAAUGAGAGUUGCACUUUCAAGCAGUACUUCCACAAUUGGGAGACUGUUGGUACUACUAACUCUCGUAUGGUCUCUGAUUCAGAUGCGGGUUAUUUCUCUGGCGACGCUGAGGAGUCCAGUGCAGUUGGUAAACUUAUAGGAAAGAGUGCAUCAGCGAGGGGUUACAUGCCUGAUACUGGUGAAGGAAUUUAUACGGUUAUACGUAUAUCUGGUGAGGAAGAAGAUAUAACUGAACAGAUUAAUGAGAAGCCAGUUUUAUACGACAGCGAUGUGUACGUGGUGAAGUACCAAUACGAUGACAAUGGUGAUGAUGCUUACGUGAUUUACGUGUGGAUUGGAGCGAAUGCUGACCCAUCAGAUAAAGCAAUGGGAAUGGAAAUGGCGGCACAAAUAGAUAAAGAAGAAGAGGCAAAUGUUAACGUUGUUAAAGUACCACACGGAAAAGAACCUAAACAUUUCUUGGCCAUAUUUAAAGGAAACCUGUCUGUAUUAUAUGGUAGUAAAGAUGAAGAAUACAAAGCGGAAAAUUCAAAGAAAUCCUACGAUGAUGAUGGUGUUAGAUUGUUUAGAGUGGAAGGCACAGAACUAGAAGUUGAUAUGAGAACAGUCCAGGUGCCAGAAACAGCUGAAGUUCUGGAAGAUGACGAUGUGUUUGUUCUGGAAACACCUGAAAAGAUAUAUGUGUGGCAUGGAAAGGAAUCCCAAGGAAUAGAACAAGAAGCGGCUUCGAAUUUCGUGCAGAAAAUUCUCGGCGAAGACAAAGAGACGAUUGUUCUAGAACAGGGAGAGGAAACUGAUGAGUUCUGGGAAUUUUUAGGUGGUGCACCAGAAGAGAAAGAGGAUUCAUCAGGAUGGAAGUUGACACUCAACCGACGUGUCACCACACCGCUCAGUCUGACAGCUGUCACUGUCAGUGUGACAGGAAAGAUUGACUUCGAGGAAUUACCUCCGGAGUUCACGCAACAGGACUUAUCUGACGAUGGAGUUUAUAUCUUAGAUACAGGAGAAGAGCUUUACUUCUGGAAGGGAAAGAAAAUUCCGGAAAGAGUUAGGAUGGCUAAUGAUACUAUUAUUGAGGAAUACGUAUCAGACGAUGGUUUAGAAAGAACUGUGGAUUCGGCUGUCGUAGUCUCCGUGCGUCAGGGUAAGGAGCCAGCGGUGUUCAAGAAAUUGUUCCCAGAUUGGGAUGACGAUAUGUGGGAGAACCAAACAUCUUAUGAGGACAUCAAAAACGAAACAAAGGCUGCAAAUUCCAAAUGAAGAUAGAGUAAAAAUUUAUAAUCUAUAUAAGGGUGUCAAAU